AUGCUUUAUAACAGUAAAGCUUCUGGAAAACCCAAACAAAAGAGACGUCACCAUGUGACGUCAGCCUAUAUACAGUUCUGUGUGGUCGCAGCACAUAAGCAAAUCCAUUCUUGUACCGUUUCUCGGAAAAGCUUUUCAGUAAAUGCACUCAUGCUACUACAGGAGCUUCUCGCUGCAAUAAGCUACCCAUCUGCCAUCAACAAGUUAAGACUAAGAGAACUAACAGCUGUGCAAAAGGAAGACCAAAGCUUACAUUUCAAGUGGCCAUUAGGGGCUCCUAUGCUGGCAGCGCUAUAUGCAAUGAGUGUGGUUUUAAAAAUGCUGCCUGCCUUGGGCAUGGCUUGUCCACCAAAAUGCCGCUGCGAGAAGCUGCUCUUUUACUGUGACUCUCAGGGGUUUCACUCAGUGCCAAACAACACUGACAAGGGCUCUCUAGGUUUGUCACUGAGGCACAAUCACAUUUCUGAACUUGAAAGGGAUCAAUUUGCAAGCUUCAGUCAACUUACUUGGCUCCACUUAGACCAUAAUCAAAUUUCAACAGUUAAAGAAGAUUCUUUUCAAGGACUGUAUAAACUUAAGGAAUUAAUCCUAAGUUCCAACAAAAUAUCUUACUUGCCAAACACAACUUUUAGCCAACUGCUUAACCUGCAAAAUUUGGACCUGUCUUUUAAUCAGUUAUCAUCUCUGCAUCCAGAACUGUUCUAUGGCCUUCGGAAGCUGCAAACCUUACAUUUGCGUUCCAAUUCCCUGCGGACCAUCCCUGUUCGCCUUUUCUGGGACUGUCGUAGUUUGGAGUUUCUGGAUUUGAGCACAAAUCGUUUGAGAAGUUUGGCUCGCAAUGGAUUUGCAGGAUUAAUCAAACUGAGAGAGCUUCACCUAGAGCACAACCAGCUGACAAAGAUUAAUUUUGCUCAUUUCCUACGGCUAAGCAGUCUGCACACGCUCUUCUUACAGUGGAACAAAAUUAGCAACUUGACAUGUGGGAUGGAGUGGACCUGGGGCACCAUAGAAAAGCUUGAUUUGACUGGAAAUGAAAUCAAAGCCAUCGAUUUCACAGUGUUUGAGACCAUGCCUAAUCUUAAAAUACUUCUAAUGGAUAACAACAAGCUAAACAGCCUGGAUUCCAAGAUCUUAAAUUCUCUCAGAUCCUUAACUACAGUUGGCCUCUCUGGCAAUCUGUGGGAAUGCAGCCCCAAAAUAUGUGCACUGGCCACAUGGUUGAGUGGUUUCCAAGGUCGGUGGGAGCAUUCAAUACUGUGCCACAGCCCAGACCACACCCAGGGAGAGGAUAUUCUAGAUGCAGUUUAUGGAUUUCAGCUUUGCUGGAAUUUAUCAACUACUGUCACUGCCAUGGCUACAAGUUAUAAAGAUCCAACCACUGAAUACACAAAAAGAAUAAGCUCAUCAAGUUACCAUGUGGGAGACAAAGAAAUCCCAACUACUGCAGGCAUAGCAGUUACUACCGAUGAACACUUUCCUGAACCAGACAAUGCCAUCUUCACUCAGCGGGUAAUUACAGGAACAAUGGCUUUAUUGUUUUCUUUCUUUUUUAUUAUUUUUAUAGUGUUCAUCUCCAGGAAAUGCUGCCCUCCUACUUUGAGAAGAAUUAGGCAGUGCUCAAUGAUUCAGAACCACAGGCAACUCCGAUCCCAAACACGACUCCAUAUGUCAAAUAUGUCAGAUCAAGGACCAUAUAAUGAAUAUGAACCCACCCAUGAAGGACCCUUCAUCAUCAUUAAUGGUUAUGGACAGUGCAAGUGUCAGCAGCUGCCAUAUAAAGAAUGUGAAGUAUAAUAUCUACAAGUCAUCAAAAAUUACAUCAGAUAAGUAACCUAUUUUAAAUUGUAGGGGGCUAAAUAUAUAACUCUAAUUUUUACAAAUGGUGACAUUAAGCCUAAUUUUCCAAAAACAAGUGGAGACAUAGUUUUUGAAGUGGUGAAGUAUUUUUUAUUUUUAUUUUUUAAAUGGAACCAUAUUUUAAGUGUUAAAAGAAGCAAUGAUAACAUUACUUUGCACUCCUAUUUCAAAAUCUAAAAAUGCUCACUUCAAAAUAAUGUAAGAAGUUUCAUGUUAUGUAAUUAUACCAUCAUGUGUAAACAUUUAUACUAAAGU